GCACAUAUGAACAUCAGUUUAAUGGUAUUUCAACACCAUGACACCUACACAGACACUUUUCUACCUGGCAGGCCUGCUCUACAGAACAAUGGAUGGAACAGCAGAAUCACCUCAUCCAAAAGGUCUUUAUAUAUCAGUGAACACUGGGGGCAACCUAACCCUGGAGUGUCCACAUAAUAGUCAAGUCUUUAAAUACUACUGGUUCAAGCAAGGUCUAGGGGAAAUACCGCGACUUGUUUCUGUUAUAUAUCGCGGCGCUUAUGAUCGAGUUUUGGAAGAUGAAAUAAAGAACGACCCACGCUUUAAACUGACCAUUGGUGAAAACAAAAACAACGUUGUUAUCUCAAAUGUCCAACUUUCAGAUUCGGGGACCUACUUCUGUACAAUGAGUUAUUCAAUGAUUUUUAAGUUUGUGCAGAGUAUUACUGUCUUUGUCAAGGACCCACAGUUAAAUGUGAACACAGCAGUCAGUCAGUCUCCACAAGAGGAAGUAGAACUAGGAGAUUCUGUGUAUCUAAACUGCAACGUCCAGACUGAGGGCUGUUCAGGACAAUACAAAGUUCACUGGUUCAAACAGCAUGAAGAGUCUGCAGCAGGAGUCCUGUACAGUCAUGGAAGCAGCAGUGAUCAAUGUGAGAGCAACAGUCCAACAAAGUCCUGUGUGUACAGCCUCCCCAUACACAAUGUGAGCUCAGCGCAGACUGGGACCUACUACUGCGCUGUGGCCGCCUGUGGACAAGUCCUGUUUGGGAACGGGACCAGGGUGUAUAUUUUGAAGGUAUGA